AUGGAGAUACAAGAAUUGAAAGCCCAACUUAAGAGGGUACUGGGCGAUCCAACAGAAAAGAAGACGGAAGCGGAGCCCUCUUGUUUGCGACGGAGGAGCUCAUCCAGAGAGCCACCAGUGAAGAAGUUCCCCAGGAAUGAUUCUGGACAACAAAGCCAACCUAUCCUAGUACAGAGUGAGGCAGCAAGCAGUCACACUUGUGGUUCACGCCGGAAAAGGGCCAAGAGGCAGAAGACCGUCAGUCAAAUGACCGAAUACCCUCCUCAAGACCUUCGCACUUGGUUGAUUGUCAAUAGGAAAAAUGAACAAAAUCGGGAUCAUCUGGACCGUACUGUUCACCAAAGGGAACACCGAGCACUAGACAGGCUCGUUUCUUAUCCAUUCUCCCCGGAGAUCAAGAUCAUAAGACUUCCAAAGAAAUUCACCCCACCAAAGUUCACUUCAUACGAUAGGAAGUUGGACCAGCUGACACAUAUUAGCCACUAUAGACAGAUGAUAUCCCUAUGGAACCAAGACAAGGCACUGAUGUGUAAAAUCUUCCCAUCCAGCUUGGGAGAAACCGAACUUCGAUGGUUCGAUCAUCUCCCCACUGGAUCGAUUCAUGGCUGGAAGCAGCUCUCCGAAGAGUUCCUAGCCAGGUUCGUCUCCAAUACUAAGAUCCCGAAGGAGUCGAAUACACUGUUCGGCCUCCGAAAGAAGCAGGAGGAAACGUUGCGCAAUUAUGCUAGGAGGUAUUGGGAAGAAUACAAUGACCUGGAGGAAAAUGUGUGUAGUGAGCAGAUGGCCGUUAUGUCCUUCAAACAUGGUCUGCGCCAGGAAAGUAAGCUGAGACAAUCACUUACCAAGCGCCCGGCCACAGCUUUGAAAGAUUUGCGUGCCAGGAUUGAGCAGUACGCACGCCUCGAAGACGAUCAGAUCCCCAUCGAGGUAGCAUCAGUAGAACAAACAGCUUGGCACAAGAAGAGAUCAGACCGAGGAGAACACCGAGGGAUUGCAGUGAAUGAAGUAGAUAAGUCUAAAUCCCAUGAAGCCAUUGUAACUGUAUUCAAAGAGCUAAUCUAUCGAAUCCUGGAAAAGAUCAAGAGAGAGCCCUUCUUCGUUUGGCCGCCGAAAAUGUUGGGAGAUCCAGCUCGGCGCAAUCAGAAGCUCAGAUGCACCUACCACCAAGACAGGGGGCACAUGACUCAGAACUGCAGGGCACUGAAGCAACACUUGGAAGACCUAGUGGCAGCUGGACCCCUAAGGGAUUACAUUGAUCAGGAUAAGGAAGUGAUCGAACUGGGGAACCCGCUACCAGAACCAAACAUCGAGCAUCCACCUCGGCUGAUAAUAAAUGUGAUCCACGGGACAGCGACUCAAGAGUCUGAGGAGGCACUGAAAGAAGAGAUCGCUAAGGCUGCGCAAAUUCAGCGGGUCAUGUCAGUGGAGCCUGCAUCGAAAAAGGUACGUACAGUACCUAAAUCCCCCUUGUGCACUAUUUCAUUUACUAGCAAAGAUUUAGAAGGCAUACAUCACCCACAUACUGAUGCAUUAAUUAUAACUGUGGGAAUUGAGAAACGAUUUGAUGUAAAACGAGUCUUGGUAGAUCAAGGUAGUACAGUAGAUAUAUUGUAUUAUGAUUUGUUCAGAAAGCUUGGUCUCUCCGAGCAGCACCUCACCCCAGCGGCAGCCCUAUUGGUCGGUUUCAAUUCACAGCCAGAAUGGCCGCUUGGUAGAAUAGUGUUGCCAGUCGUAGCGGGAACAAAAACCCUCCAGAUAGAUUUCUUGGUUAUUAAUACACCAUCCCCUUACAACGCCAUACUUGGCCGUCCAUGGAUUCAUCAAAUGGAGGUACAGACGGUAGAAGUGGCUGAACAACCAGUCUUGAAAGAUGUAGGGGGAACCCCAGGGGAAAAGAUGGUAGAGGAUUUGGAGAAAGUCUUGGUAAAAGGGGAUGACCCAGAAAAGUACUUCCUUAUCAAUACCUCGCUAGGCGUUGAUGAGAAACUUUAG